AUGCAUAAGCGAUCUGAUGGGCCGGCUUCGGAGCCGGUACGGACGAGCGGAAGGGUGAGGAGACGGCCCACAGCGUACGGGCGAAGCAUGUACUAUUACAACACAAGCACCUCCAGCCUCAUUCAAAAACGCAGAAAUCGGAAGAACAAGACGAAGACCAGAACUGCGGCUUCUCAUAUUGCUAAGAUAAUGCGCCAUGGCAGCCGUUCCCAAAGAUCCACCCAACCCAGUACUCCUCCUGACUCCAAUAACCAUAAUGCAGAAGCAUCCAAUCUCCGACGCUCUACAAGGAAGAGAAAGGAAACAAAGAAUCGUGACCUUUAUACAACAGAUGACAGUUCCGGAAGUGAGGAUUUAGAUAUAAUGAAAGCUACAGGUAAAUCUAUGAAAAAUCAGGUUCAUAAUAGUGCAUGUAAAGAUGAGCCAUCAUCUCCCAAGCAUAAAAAGAUAGUGGAGACUAGACAAACACCUCGUCGUGAAGGAUUGCGCCCUCGUCGAUUAAAGGCAUCAAGAGAACAGUUGGUUUUGCGGUUUGAUGAUGAACAGGAUACUUCAGAAGAGAAGAUUGACCAAGAGGAAACUGAAAAUGGGAAUGACAUAGAAUACAAUGAGGCAGAUGAUGGUCAAAAUGAAGGUGACGGAGAAGAUGUGGGUGAUGGUGAUGGUGAUGAUGAUGGUGAUGGUGAUGAAGAUGGUGAUGAUGAGGAGGGUGAAGAAGAACAAGACGGAAGAAGACGAUAUGAUCUUCGAAAUCGUGCAGAUGUCCGUAAGCUAAGACCAAGAUCUCCUCGAAGAGUGUUGCGUCAAGGAAUGGGGACAAAGGUUGGUAGGGAUGUUAGAAAGGGUGGAUCACGAGUUCAUAAGCGCCAUCGUAUGACAAGGACUGAUGAUUCUGAUGACUCCCUUCUCGUGGACGAACUAGAUCAAGGCCCUGCAAUUCCCUGGGGCCGAGGUGGGAGCAGAUCUGGACCACCGUGGCUUUUUGGGGGACUAGACACACAUGGAACAACAGCAUGGGGGUUGAAUGUUGCUGCGUCAGGUUGGGGUCAUCAGGGUGAUGCUUUUGCCACUUUAACUUCUGGAAUUCAAACUGCUGGGCCAAGCUCGAAGGGAGGGGCAGACAUACAACCAUUGCAGGUUGAUGAGAGUGUGAGUUUUGAUGAUAUAGGGGGGCUUUCUGAAUAUAUUGAUGCUUUGAAGGAAAUGGUUUUCUUUCCUCUAUUAUAUCCAGAUUUCUUUGCGAGUUAUCAUAUUACCCCACCAAGGGGGGUUUUGUUAUGUGGUCCUCCUGGGACUGGGAAAACAUUGAUUGCCAGAGCAUUAGCCUGUGCUGCAUCCAAGGCUGGCCAGAAAGUCAGCUUUUACAUGCGGAAGGGUGCAGAUGUGCUAAGCAAAUGGGUGGGUGAGGCUGAAAGACAAUUAAAACUACUUUUUGAGGAAGCUCAAAGAAAUCAACCUUCAAUAAUAUUCUUUGAUGAAAUAGAUGGACUUGCUCCUGUAAGGUCCAGCAAACAAGAGCAAAUUCAUAAUUCUAUUGUGUCAACUUUGCUUGCUUUGAUGGAUGGUCUUGAUUCCCGUGGACAAGUCGUUUUGAUUGGAGCAACCAACCGGAUUGAUGCAAUUGAUGGAGCCCUCCGACGCCCUGGUAGAUUUGACCGUGAAUUCAACUUUCCUUUGCCAGGAUGUGAGGCACGGUCUGAAAUUUUGGACAUUCAUACUCGAAAAUGGAAGCAUCCUCCUUCAAGGGAGCUAAAACUGGAACUUGCAGCUAGUUGUGUUGGAUAUUGCGGUGCUGAUUUAAAGGCUCUUUGUACUGAAGCUGCCAUUCGUGCUUUCCGUGAAAAAUAUCCUCAGGUUUACACAAGUGAUGAUAAAUUUGUAAUUGAUGUUGACUCAGUAAAGGUUGAAAAGUAUCACUUUGUUGAAGCAAUGUCAACAAUUACUCCAGCUGCUCACAGAGGAGCGGUUGUGCACUCCAGGCCAUUGUCCUUGGUAGUUGCACCAUGCCUGCAAAGGCAUCUCCGAAAAUCCAUGAACUAUAUAUCCGAUAUUUUCCCUCCCCUUGCAGUGACAUCACAGUUAACCAAGCUUGCUAUGCUCUCCUCUGGCUCUGCAAUUCCUCUUGUCUACAGGCCUCGGCUUCUGCUAUGUGGCGGUGAAGGUUCUGGUCUGGAUCAUCUUGGCCCUGCUAUUUUACAUGAACUCGAGAAAUUCCCUGUUCAUUCUUUAGGACUUCCAUCUCUUCUAUCUGAUCCUAGUGCAAAGACACCAGAUGAGGCAUUGGUACAUAUAUUUGGUGAAGCAAGGAGAACAACCCCAUCAAUUCUCUAUUUGCCUCAGCUCAAUCUUUGGUGGGAGACAGCACAUGAGCAGCUCCGAGCUGUUUUGCUGACGUUGCUAGAAGAAUUACCAUCAGACUUGCCAAUAUUACUGCUUGCAACAUCAUCAAUCCCACCUGCUGAAGUUGAUGCCACAGCUUCUUCAGUAUUUUCUGAUCGUUCAGUCUAUCAGUUGGGCAAACCAUCUACUGAAGACAGAUUUUUGUUUUUUGACCAUCUCAUCGAAGCUGCUUUGUCAGUCUUGUUAGAGGGCAUAACAAAAAAGUCUCAAGAAUCAGUAUCUGUUCCUGAACUUCCCAAGGCUCCAAAAGUGGCAAGUGGUCCAAAGGUCUCGGAGUUAAAAGCCAAGGUAGAAGCUGAGCAGCAUGCGCUUCGCCGAUUGCGGAUGUGCCUCAGAGAUGUUUGCAAUAGACUUUUAUAUGAUAAGAGGUUUGGUGCUUUCCACUAUCCUGUGUCGGAGGAGGAUGCUCCAAACUAUCGCACAAUCAUUCAGAACCCUAUUGAUGUGGCUAAGCUGCUGCAGAAUGUAGACUCUGGGCAGUAUAUUACAUGUUCUUCAUUCCUGCAAGAUGUUGAUCUUAUAGUUUCCAACGCAAAGGCUUACAAUGGAGAUGAUUAUAAUGGUGCUAGGAUUGUUAGCAGAGCUCAUGAGCUUCGAGACGCAGUACAUGGGAUGCUGUCACAAAUGGACCCUGCACUAGUUGCAUAUUGUGACAAGAUUGCAGCUGAAGGUGGUCCAGAACAUAUUCCAGAUGGUUUAGGGGUAUCUACUUUCCCCGUGAUACCUGUUGUACAGCUGGGAACUGUCACUAGAGCGAGUGCUCGACUUCGUAAUGUCCAGCUGGAGGUGCCUGUGGAUCAAAAUUAUGAGGCUUGCAGACGGCCAAAGAGGAUUGUCGAGCCCCAGCUGGAGGUGCCAGUGGAUCAAAAUUAUGAGGCUUUGAAACAGCCAAAGAGGAAUGCCGAGCCCCAGCUGGAGGUACAUGUGGAUGAAAAUUAUGAGGUUUUGAAAUGGCCAAACAGGAAUGUUGAGCCCGCACAUGCAGCUUCAACUGCAGAGGACAAGUCAUGGCUUCAGGAUUCAAUACUGUCCAAGUCAUCGCAGGAACCUGAGACAAAUGAAACUAAUCCUGAAGUGCCAGAAUCCUCCCAUCAGCAUGAAACUUCUGGAGAAAUUUCUGGCCAUAAUUCUCAUGUGAUUGGAUCCCAAGACAUCACCAUGUCAGAUGGUGAGAUGACAAACCAAAUAGAGUCUGUGAGGCGACUUUUUGUGGAAAGGACUGAAAACUAUGACAUUCCACAGCUAGAGAGGCUUUAUACUAGAAUUAUGAAGGGCAUUUUUGACAUCAAGCACAAAGGUGAUAUAGAUGGCACCAAGCCUUCAAUUUUGAGGUAUUUAUUGAAAUUUGCGGAGGGUGAAGCAAAUUUAUGA